GAUAUGGAACAGAUACCAUUUUAUUCCCCGGUUUGUACCUACUUAUCUAAUGGCAUUUCCGUAAUAAUUUCAUAAUCUCAGCCGAACUCUGACCCCGUAUUUCUAUAGAUCAAAAGAAGCAAUCCGCUUCAAACAAAAUUGAAGAAAAAUCUACAAAAAUUAACAUGUCCGGUUACCCUCAACCACCGCCCGGCUACGGUUGCGGCCCCGCGCAGCCGUAUCCGUACGGAGCUCCAGCGACAACUCAGCAAUACUCUGCUCAGCACGGAGCCACUCCGACGGCUCAGCCAUAUGCUCCGCCGAAGACUCAACCGUACGCGGCUCCCUCUGCACCUUCCUACGGCGAUCCAGCUCCUGGCGGCUAUCCUCCGCCAUCUGGACUGCAAGGAAACCCGUUCGCGACUCUACUGCCGUCGAAUUUUCCGCCAGGCACCGAUCCGAACAUCAUUGCUUGCUUUCAGAUUGCCGACCGCGAUGGAAGUGGACUUAUCGACGAUAAGGAGCUGCAGGGAGCUCUAUCUUCGUAUAAUCAAAGCUUCAGCUUGAGAACUGUUCAUCUUCUCAUGUACUUGUUCACUAACACCAACACCAGGAAGAUCGGCCCUAAGGAAUUUACUGCCCUGUUUCACAGCCUUCAGAGUUGGAGGGCAAUUUUUGAGAAGGUAGACAGAGACAGAAGUGGAAAGAUUGAUGCAAAUGAGUUACGGGAAGCACUUUUCAGUCUGGGGUUAGCUGUUUCACCUGUGGUUUUGGAUUUACUUGUAGCUAAGUUUGACAAAACUGGAGGCAAAAGUAGGGCCAUCGAAUAUGAUAACUUCAUAGAGUGCUGUCUCACUGUUAAGGGAUUGACGGAUAAAUUCAAGGAGAAGGACGCCUCAUACACAGGUUCUGCAACUUUCACUUAUGAGUUGUUCAUGUUAACUGUUCUGCCAUUCCUUAUUGCCUAGGUUUAAGGUUCUAAAGGUCAUUCAACUAUGAAUUUGGUGUGAAUGGAGAUCCAAUUUCUGUGUAUUUUGGCAUAAAUAUUCUGUCCAUUAGCAUAGCUGUGAACUAGUUAAAUUCUAUGAAUUUAUGUUGUAACCGUUUAACUUGUAUAGGGGCAACAGUAGCAAUUUACCUUGAGAAGUGGGCUACGGUACUGUUCCUAUUAUGACAGUAUUUAAUACAGGUGAAGUUUGUGUGUGUGUAUAUAUAUAAAUGUAUGUAUAUUAGUUUAUGAUUAA